AUGGAGCAUAUCAAAGCUACCUUCGCCAAAGCGAAGCAGGAAAAGCGCGCCGCUCUGGUCGCGUAUGUUACUGCUGGAUUCCCCACCAUCGAAGAAUCAGUAGAUGUUCUCAUUGGAUUGGAGAAUGGAGGUGCCGAUAUCAUUGAACUCGGUGUUCCCUUCACAGACCCCAUUGCCGAUGGACCGACUAUUCAAACAGCCAACACCAAGGCGCUCGCCAACGGCGUCACCGUCACCUCCGUCCUCGAGAUGGUUCGCUCAGCAAGAAACCGCGGCCUCAAAGCGCCUCUCCUAUUGAUGGGCUACUAUAACCCAAUGCUGCGUUAUGGUGAGGAGCGUAUGCUCAAGGACUGCAAGGAGGUUGGUGUCAAUGGCUUCAUCAUGGUCGAUCUUCCCCCGGAAGAGGCCGUUCGCUUCCGAGAUCUCUGCACAAGCAACGGUUUGUCCUACGUUCCCCUCAUCGCUCCCGCCACAUCCGAGUCUCGCAUGAAGCUCCUCUGCAAGAUUGCCGAUUCGUUCAUAUACGUGGUAUCAAGAAUGGGCGUCACAGGUGCCACAGGAAAGCUCAGCUCAAAUCUUCCCGAGCUUCUUGCACGCGUACACAAGCUUUCUGGAAAUGUGCCUACAGCGUUGGGAUUCGGUGUCAGCACCCGCGAGCACUUCCUUAACGUUCAAGAACUUUCCGAGGGUGUUGUUAUCGGUAGUCAGAUCAUCACUGUCCUGGGCGAAGCUCCUGCUGGCCAGGCAGCUCAGGCUGCGGAGGAUUAUCUGUCGAGUGUCACUGGUCGCAGACUGGAGAGGGAUACUGCAGGAGCCUUGACUCGCGAGGUCAACGUGCUAGAACCUGUUUUGAAGAUCGAGCAGCCCCCAAUGUCACAGCCCACAGAUGUCAUUACAGAGAAAGACACGCCCUCUGGCCCUGGGUUGGGAGAUCAGCUUGAAGCUCUGAAUGGAUCUGGAGACCCUGCUGCGUCGCCUGCUCGCUUCGGCGAGUUCGGCGGUCAGUAUGUCCCGGAGUCCUUGAUGGAUUGCUUAGCCGAAUUAGAGCGUGGAUUCGAUCAUGCUCUCAACGAUCCCACCUUUUGGGAGGAGUACCGUUCAUACUAUCCCUACAUGGGGCGGCCUAGCAGCCUUCAUCUCGCAAACCGCCUGACCGAACACGUCGGUGGUGCCAACAUCUGGUUGAAGCGCGAAGAUCUCAACCACACUGGAAGUCACAAAAUCAACAACGCUCUUGGUCAGAUCCUUCUUGCCCGGCGCCUGGGUAAGACCAGGAUCAUUGCUGAGACCGGCGCGGGUCAGCACGGUGUCGCCACUGCUACCGUCUGUGCCAAGUUUGGCAUGAAGUGUGUUGUCUACAUGGGUGCAGAGGAUGUCCGUCGCCAGGCGCUGAACGUUUUCCGCAUGAAGCUCCUUGGUGCCUCUGUGGUUGCUGUUGACGCCGGUAGCCGUACCCUGCGAGACGCCGUGAACGAGGCGAUGCGCGCUUGGGUUGUCGACCUUGACACUACCCACUACAUCAUCGGCUCUGCCAUCGGCCCCCACCCCUUCCCAACAAUUGUGCGUACCUUCCAAUCCGUAAUCGGCCAAGAGACCAAGCAGCAAAUGCAAGAACAAAUCGGCAAGCUUCCCGACGCCGUAGUCGCCUGCGUCGGCGGCGGCAGCAACGCCGUCGGCAGCUUCUACCCCUUCUCCAAGGACCUGUCCGUGAAGCUGCUCGGUGUCGAAGCCGGCGGCGACGGCAUUGACACAAACCGCCACUCCGCCACUCUCUCCGGCGGCUCCAAGGGCGUCCUCCACGGCGUCCGCACCUACGUCCUGCAGGACGAGCACGGUCAGAUCUCCGAUACACACUCCAUCUCUGCCGGUCUUGACUAUCCCGCCGUCGGCCCAGAGCUGAGCAACUGGAAGGACAGCGACCGCGCACGCUUCAUCGCCGCUACAGAUGCCCAGGCCCUCUCUGGCUUCCGCACCAUGUCCCAGACCGAGGGAAUCAUCCCUGCCCUCGAGUCAUCCCACGCUAUCUGGGGUGCCAUUGAACUUGCCAAGUCCCUGGGUAAGGGUAAGGAUAUCGUCCUUACCGUCAGCGGUAGAGGUGACAAGGACGUUGAGAGCGUUGCCGAGUCACUUCCCAAGCUCGGGCCGCAGAUUGGCUGGGAUCUGCGGUUCUAG